AUGGAUUGGCCAAGGUUUUGGGGACAAUUCUCAGAGAACAUUGAUCAAUCCGCAAUUGCCCCGGUGACUAAGUUUUCUUAUCUUCGCGAGUUGUUAGAGCCUAAAGCACGACAAACAAUCGAAGCAUUGCCCUUCCACAGCGAAGGGUACAAUCGAGCGAUAAGCAUCCUGAAGGAUAAGUUUGGGAAAGAAUCCGAGAUAGUAAAGGGUUACACGCGCGAGAUACUUGGGUUGCCCACAAUACAAGCGGCCAAUCAGAAAAAGAUUCAUGAGUUUAGCGACAAAUUGUCGUACUGCGUUCAAGCUUUAGAGACAUUGGACAAGCUUGACGGGGUCAAUGGCGCCGUGCCAAUGACUCUUGAUAAACUGCCUAGCAUUCGUGGAGAUUUGGUGCGAACGGACCCUGAAUGGGAGAAAUGGACCUUCACCAAACUAGUUGAAGCGCUCAACCAGUGGUGUCGAAGAAAGCCAAUCGACAAACCAUCUGAACUAAACGACGACUCGUUUAGCAGCAAGAGAAGAGACAAGCUGUUUCAUGUCUCUCGUCAGAGAUUAAAUCCACGUAAUUGCGUUUAUUGCGAUAGCGGCGAACACAAAACAAACGAUUGCGCAAAAGUAACUCUGACGUCAGCCCGUAAACAGAUACUAGCCAAGAAACGAGGGUAAGGAUAAAACGCGGAUACGGACGGACGGACGGAUGGCGGACGGACGGACGGAUGGCGGACGGACGGACGGACGGACGGAUGGCGGACGGACGGACGGAUGGCGGACGGACGGACGGACGGACGGGGGGACAAGCGGAUGGACGGGGGGGAUCAAAUCCGCGUUUUUUAGGAAAUGUAAUUAAGACUAUUAUUAAUCGUAAUAAAUUGUCGAAAAAAUGAUAAAAUAUUAAAACGUGGAAAUGCGGGGUUUUUCGAACCUUUGUAACGCUGAAAAUUCUAAUUAAAUACGUUAGACAUCUGCUUAAACUCGGGUCCAAUUUCAUUUGCGCAAAUAUCGCGUAAUCGAGUGAGUAUUUGAACGCGAUAAAACAACUCGUACGAAGAAAUAUUAAUACAUAAGGUUUACUAACGUACUUGCCAAUGUCGUAUUUUAACAAAAGUCCAACUGUUUCGUCGGAUGUAAUCGAGGCGCAUUCUUUCUCAAUCUGAUUAAACUGUAAACAAUACUAAAGUUGAGAUAUUUCAAUACUCCGCGUUUUAUCCAAAAGGGUAUCCAAAAGGAUAAAACGCGGAUAUGGUUCAAAAAACGUUUUUCAGCCUUUUUUUAAGCCAUAUCCGCGUUUUAUCCAAAGAGGGCAUAUCGAUAUGUAUAAAGAAUAUUGAAUAUUGUCCUAGAAUUUGAACAAAUAAAAACCAAUAAUAUGUCUCUUCGCUUAAAUACUUACUGCGAGAUAAGAGUUCUAAAAUUACAAUUUAGUGUUAAUAAAGUUUUAAUUCAGUGUCAGUUAUCUGGUAUAGUACUCCAAUUUUAUGCCAACGUAUAUGUGCUGCUUUUCAAAGGCUUUGAUGUCAAUGCAGUUAUCGGUUUAAAUAUACCUAAAAUUCCCGUUAAGAUAUGACAAUUGCCGUACGGCCUACUUUUACGCGAACGCAAAUUACAACUGCAACUUUCAUGCUUAAUUUUCUCUGUUAUCUAGGCAUGUAGUAAUGUAAUUUUAUGCCAUUGCAAUGUGCUAUUUUUCAAGGGCUUUUCAGUGCAGUUAUCGGUUUAAAUAUACCUCAAAUUUCCGUUAAGAUAUGACAAUUGCCGUACGGCCUACUUUUACGCAAACGCAAAUUGACAACUGCAACUUUCAUGCUUAAUUUUCUCUGUUAUCUGGGCAUGUAGUAAUGUAAUUUUAUGCCAAUUUAAGAUGCUAUUUUUCAAGGGCUUUUCAAUGCAGUUAUCGAUUUAAAUAUACCUAAAAUUCUCGUUAAGAUAUGACAAUUGCCGUAUGGGCUACUUUUACGCAAACGCAAAUUGCAACUGCGAGAUAAGAGUUCUAAAAUUACAAUUUUGCAAUAAUCAUGGCAUGAGGCGGAAAUACGAUUCUCUUUAAAUUACCGAACAACUGUCUUUACAACAAAGUUGCCCGAGAACGAUAGAACAUUCGUUGUCAAGAAGCUGGUAGACUCCAGCCAUGACUGAGGGGAGACCGAAUCGUUAGUCAAAGAAGCGAAGCUUCUUUCAAAACUACAUCAUGUGAACGUAGUUCAAUUCAAGGGAAUUUGUGUCGACCAGUAUGCUUUAAUCCUUGAACAUGUUCAAUUUGACUUUGCUCCAAUUGGAUUUGCUACAUAACAUGCACUGAAUCGAAGAUAAGAACCUGCAAAAUACAAGGUCGGUUUCAACCUGGUUUAUAUUUCGGCGCCAAACGAAAGAGAGUUAAUUUUCUCUGUUAUCCGGCCGUGUUGCCAAAGUGGCAUAAAGUACACGACCGGAUAACAGAAAAAUAAGCAUGAAAGUGGCAAUUGUAAUUCGCGUUUGCGUAAAAGUAGGCCGUACGGCAAUUGCAGUAUCUUAACAGGAAUUUGAGGUAUAUUUAAACCGAUAACUGCAUUGAAAAGCCCUUGAAAAAUAGCACGUUGCUUUGGCAUAAAAUUACAUUAUUACAUGCCCAGAUAACAGAGAAAAUUAAGCAUGAAAGUUGCAGUUGUAAUUUGCGUUCGCGUAAAAGUAGGCCGUAAGGCAAUUGCCAUAUCUUAACGGGAAUUUGAGGUAUAUUUAAAACGAAAACAGCAUUGAAAAGCCCUAGCAAAAUAGCACCUUACAUUGGCAUAAAAUUACAUUACUACAUGCCCAGAUAACAGAAGAAAUUAAGCAUGAAAGUUGCAGUUGUCAAUUUGCGUUCGCGUAAAAGUAGGCCGUACGGCAAUUGUCAUAUCUUAACGGGAAUUUUAGGUAUAUUUAAACCGAUAACUGCAUUGACAUCAAAGCCUUUGAAAAGCAGCACAUUACGUUGGCAUAAAAUUGGAGUACUAUACCAAAUAACUGACACUGAAUUAAAACUUUAUUAACACUAAAUUGUAAUUUUAGAACUCUUAUCUCGCAGUAAGUAUUUAAGCGAAGAGACAUAUUAUUGGUUUUUAUUUGUUCAAAUUCUAGGACAAUAUUCAAUAUUCUUUAUACAUAUCGAUAUGCCCUCUUUGGAUAAAACGCGGAUAUGGCUUAAAAAAGGCUGAAAAACGUUUUUUGAACCAUAUCCGCGUUUUAUCCUUUUGGAUACCCUUUUGGAUAAAACGCGGAGUAUUGAAAUAUCUCAACUUUAGUAUUGUUUACAGUUUAAUCAGAUUGAGAAAGAAUGCGCCUCGAUUACAUCCGACGAAACAGUUGGACUUUUGUUAAAAUACGACAUUGGCAAGUACGUUAGUAAACCUUAUGUAUUAAUAUUUCUUCGUACGAGUUGUUUUAUCGCGUUCAAAUACUCGCUCGAUUACGCGAUAUUUGCGCAAAUGAAAUUGGACCCGAGUUUAAGCAGAUGUCUAACGUAUUUAAUUAGAAUUUUCAGCGUUACAAAGGUUCGAAAAACCCCGCAUUUCCACGUUUUAAUAUUUUAUCAUUUUUUCGACAAUUUAUUACGAUUAAUAAUAGUCUUAAUUACAUUUCCUAAAAAACGCGGAUUUGAUCCCCCCGUCCAUCCGCUUGUCCCCCCCGUCCGUCCGUCCGUCCGUCCGUCCGCCAUCCGUCCGUCCGUCCGCCAUCCGUCCGUCCGUCCGUCCGUCCGCCAUCCGUCCGUCCGUCCGUCCGUCCGCCAUCCGUCCGUCCGUCCGUAUCCGCGUUUUAUCCUUACCCCAAGAAACGAUUAUGUUUUAAUUGCGCCGCGGGCAAUCAUAAAGCCUCUGAGUGUCCGAGUAAAGCCACUUGUAGGAAGUGCGAAAAGAGACAUCACACGUCUAUUUGUGAUUCUCACGACAACAAGGCCGGUGGUCAAAUUUCUGGCCAAAAUUCAAACGUUGCCAUGACUACAUGCCAGAAAAGCGAAGCGGUGUUUCCAGUAGUUGUUGUAGAAGUCAAUGGAAUUCGAUGUAGAGCGCUGAUUGAUUCGGGAGCUGGGAGCUCCUACGUGUCAGCAAAACUGAUAGACUUACUCAAACUGAAACCAUCACAAUCCCAGAUUAAAAACAUUGACAUGUUAAUGGCCUCUAAGACGUCCAAACUCGAGAUUUACGAUAUGAAAUUUGACUCGCUAGACGGCUCGUUUAGUCUUCCCGUAAGAGCUACAAAGGUAAACAAGAGUGAACUUUUGUUGAUCGACAAUCCCAAAUACCCCAAAUUAAUCAAUCAACACCCCCCCUUAACGGGCGUGACAAUGAACGACGAUGACGUCAAAGAUACCCUGCCUGUCCAUGUCAUUUUGGGGAGCGGGGAGUAUGCGAAGAUUAAAACGCAAACAAGACCGAGAAUAGGAGACGUGAAAGCCCCUAUCGCUGAGUUGACCAAGUUUGGUUGGUUUCUAAUGGGCCCUGGGUACGAGUUCGAAAGCAACGUGAUGUUGAUGACCCAGACCUCCCACGCCGAGUACGAGGAAUUGUGUAGACUGGACGUUUUAGGGCUCGAAGAUACCCCCCAAAAUGACCAGACGGUGGUAUUUAACGAGCUUAAGGAACAGUUGACCCGAUCUCCCGAGGAAUGGUACGAGACCGCGUUACCUUGGAAACCAAACCAUCCCUAUCUUCCAAACAAUGAACGUGGUAGCCUGAAGCGACUCGGAGGUUUGACUAAAAGACUUCAACGCGAAAACUUGAUGGAGAAGUACGACGGCAUUAUACAAGAACAACUCGCUGAGGGGGUCAUCGAAAGAGUUCCACCCCCCGUGGUGACCGGAAGUGACUCCAUUCCACCUCCCGUGGUGACCGGAAGCAACCCUAUUCCACCUCCCGUGGUGACCGGAAGUGACACUAUUCCACCUCCCGUGGUGACCGGAAGUGACCCUAUUCCACCUCCCGUGGUGACCGGAAGCGACUCUGUCCCACCUCCCGUGGUGACCGGAAGUGACCUGGGCCCCCCGUGGUGA